AUGCAAGGGGGGGCGCAAACCGUCCAAGUGAGUUGUCGCUUCCGCGGUGGCAACGACGAUGCAAGUGCCGUCGGCCUCGAGUUUCCCGGCCCGACCACAGUUGUGCUCCCGAGUAUGAAGGGCACGCAGUUCUCCUUUGACCGCGUCUUUCCUCCCGAGACGACUCAAGACACCAUUUUUGAACACAUUGGCGCCCCCGUGAUCGACGAGCUCUUGAGCGGCUACAAUUGCACGAUCCUCGCCUAUGGCCAGACAGGUCUUACUGGAGAAUAUGAUGACGGUGCCGCGUCACUACACACUGCGCUAGGAAGCGGCAAGACGCACACGAUCCUCGGGUCCAAGACUGAAAAAGGCAUCCUUCCGCGCCUCGUCCAGCGAACGUUUGAGGCAAUCGCCGCGCGGCCAAAUGACGCCACGACAGAGGUGUCGACCGGUCUCUUUGAAGUGUACCAAGAAAAAAUUCAGGACCUUCUCAACCCGUCCAACGCCCACCUGCGCAUCCGCGAAGACAAGUUAGAGCGAGGCAUUUGGGUGCAAGGCGCGGCCGACAUCGUGGUCUCCGACCCGCCGUCGGCGCUUCGACUCGUUCAAAAAGGGCUUGCGGGCCGCUCGAUGGGGGCACACUUGAUGAACGCCGAGUCGAGUCGCAGCCACUGCAUCUUUAUGCUCACCGUCACCCAACGCUUUUCAUCCGGUCUCAAGCAAACAGGCAAGCUCUAUCUCGUGGACCUUGCGGGCUCCGAGAUGGUGCGCAAGACCGCUGCAUCAGGCAAGCGCCUCGACGAAGCCAAGCACAUCAACAAGUCGCUCACUGCGCUUGGGCUCGUCAUCAACGCCCUUACGGACGGACGGUCCAAGCACAUUCCAUACCGGGAUAGCAAACUCACGCGGCUACUUCAGAACUCGCUCGGGGGCAAUGCAAAGACACACUUAAUCCUAACCUGUUCGAGUAGUGCGACAAAUUUGGAAGAGACGCUCUCGACGAUUCGAUUUGGCGCGCGGGCGCAGCACGUGACCAACUCGCCACAAGUCAAUACCGAGCGAACCAUCUCCGAGUAUAAGCAAUUGCUACAAACCCUCGAACUCAAAGUUGCCGCGCUGUCGGUCUACGUUGCCUCACUCGAGAGCAAGACGACUGUGUGUCCGCGCUGCAGCUGCUCCAACUCCGCGACAAACCCGCCGCCAAUGGCGCGCGCCACCAGCGACACCAACCUCCGAUCGACGUGCCAUGUCUGUGGCAGCAGCGACCCCGAGCUCGUGCUCUGCGACGGCAACUGCGGGCGCUUCUGGCACCCGUCUUGCCUUCCGUCGGCCAGCAACAACCCACUCGAAUGCAUCUGCCCCGACUGCGCCGACGACGCAUACAGUCUGCAGGACGAGCUCUCGGCGCUCAAACGGGCGCUGCAGACCAUCAAAGCCGAUCGCGAUGAGCUCGAAGAGCGCGCCAGUGUCCAAAAGCAAGUGCUUGACGUCGCCGACCACCACAAUAGCUCGCUUCACCGCGCGCUGGAGGAACGCGUCGUCGGCCAAGAGCUCCGCAUUCAAGUGCUUUCCAACCAGCUCGAAGCCGCGAGUUUGCAGUACGCAUCUGCCCAGAGAGACAUGGAUGCGCUGCGUACUUCGGUGACCAAGUCGUCCGAGGUCCACCAGAGAAAUGCCGACGCGGCGCAAGCGGAAAUCGACAUUGUACGGCGGUCACUGGUCUUGGCGGAGAAGGAAAAUGCUGCGCUCAAGGACCAAGCCCACGACCUUGCCCUCCGCGCGGCCCAGUCGGAGAAGCGGGCGCGCGAGUGCCAAGACCAGCUCGACGCCUGUCGACUGCUCUUGGUCCAACGGGACGACGAGGCGGCGCGCCGGCACUCGGUGUCGACGUCGCCCAUCAAGGUCGCGCUCUCGCCCGGCAAAAUCCGGCCAGCGACCGCGAUCGAUAUUCUCAACGACGCUCGCCUGUCGCUCCAAUCCCGCGGCAACAUUCAGCAGUGGUGGUCCGGCAGCGACGGUCCCCCCGAACACGCCUGGGAGCCCAAAACCAACAACGUAGCAGAAGACAGCGGCUCGGGCGAUGGUCCAGCACGGCCGUUCAAAGCGCGGCUCGUCGGGCUGCUCACGUCGCUCCAAGAAGAGACCGAUGCGUUCAAGGAUCUGGGCGACAAAAUUGCCGAGCAGGCCAAGCCCAAGCUUCGAAAAGGGCGACAUCGAAGCCGACUACCAGCGAUGGACGACCCGCCCCUCGGCGAGGCCGUGCUGUAUUAG